UAGUUUUAUAAUUUUAAUGGUAAAUCAUAAGUUAUAACACUAACAGUAUUGAAACAUCAUAUUGGCUAUGAAAUAUACUAGGUUUUAGUAACAUCCUGAAAAUGCUAACGAAAGUAUUAGCCAAAUUUUAAAGCAUCAAUUGUGAUUACACUCACGAUUGUCAAUUUAAAAAAAACAAAAUGUUUGUUAAACCUUUUUUUUUUUUGUGCACCAACAAUAACAAUUUUGUUAAACAACAGUGAAGAAACAUUUUAAUGUUCAUACUUCAUAUACUGUAUAAAAAAAAUUGACGCAUGUGAGACCAAAAAAAGAAGUUAAUUAAUACGAUGGUCCGGUCUUUGAGAGUAGAACAGACCUGUGGGACAUGUACUGUAUUGUGGGCCUUAAAACUUUAGCAAAGCAUAAUCACCACCUUUGUCUCUAAGUAAUUGACCUACUUGCCCUCUUUAUGCCACAAGUCUAUUGGCAUGUGUCUCAAAAAACUAUAUGCUACAAUCUAAACAUUGUGGAUUCGUGUUUUAGAUGGUUUGAUAAAACUAUCUUAUUAGAAAUGCUAUUAUAUGGUUGGGAAUGAUAUAAUUAUUUAUUGCCAUAUUUUGUCCUUCAACGAAAGCUACUUCUACCGGACAAUGUUUCGUAUUCGUAGAGCAAAAGCUUCCUUUUGUCAUUUGGUUGUCAUUUGGUAUCGUAGAAGGGCAGUUUGGUGAAUUAACAAGACAUGGAAUCUAAUCACACACAAAAAUCAAUGUUUAAAUCUUAUAAACAAAGUGGGGAAGAAGAGACAUGUGUUAACGGCAUCUUCUAUGAGUCAACUAAAGUCACAAAGCAUACACUAAUAAACAAGUAUCAUCAAAUCAGUAAUCAUGCUUUAUCUAUACCAAAUUUAAAAUCAAAUUUCAUUUGUUUUCUCAUUAUCUUACAGAAAAAGAGAUUUCCAGACAAUUGGUCAUAAAAAGGAACAACCUUUCAUCAAAUUGAGUGCACAUUUUUUGCUUUAUGAUUGUUUUUCGUGACCCACAUUCUAAAUUUACUGUUUCUUUCAUAAAGAGAAGAAGAAGAAGAAAAAAGAUUCUCAGAUAAAUUACUGAAGCUGCCAUUAAUGCUGCUCAACUCUUUUGUCAUUAAUGCUCUUAUCAUCUUCUUCUCUAGCUUCCCUAGUUUCUUUCUCGUCUAUGUGUUGAAUCCGACAAACAGACUCACAAGAAUACCGACAUUCUCCUCCACGAUUUCUGCAUUUGUCCUCACUCUCUCUUAUUCUUCUUUUGCUUUUUGUUUCCUGACCUCUUUCUCAGGGAUUUUGAUUAUAAACCAAUUCAGUUCCUUGGAGUUUGCUCCAUAGGAGCGUCUGGGAUCACGAGCUUGGUUUGACUUGAGUUGACUAGAAAACACCUAGAUGGGUCUCUUUCAUUUUCCUCUCAGAAUCCAAGUCUGCUUCUAGUUCUAGGGUUCUGUUUCAAUUCAUCUUUGUUUUCUUUUCCUGCAAUGGAACAAUUAAAGGUUUUACCUUUGCUCUUUCUUUCAUGGGUUAUGUUCUUACAAAGCACUCAUCAACUGCCGAACUCUCAGACUCAGGUCCUGUAUCAGCUCAGGAAGCAUCUGGAAUUCCCUAAAGCUCUGGAAUCUUGGGGAAAUUACUAUGGAGACUUAUGUCAAAUCCCUGCAACUGCUCACAUGAGCAUCACCUGUCAAGGUAAUUCCAUCACGGAGCUUAAAGUCAUGGGGGACAAGCUUUUUAAACCAUUUGGUAUGUUUGAUGGGUCUUCACUUCCAAAUCACACUCUGUCUGAAGCAUUCAUAAUUGAUUCUUUUGUUACCACAUUGACAAGGCUUACAAGCUUGAGGGUUCUUAGCUUAGUGUCUCUAGGUAUCUAUGGUGAGUUCCCAGGGAAAAUCCAUCGGUUGAAUUCUCUUGAGUACUUGGAUUUGAGUUCAAAUUUUCUGUUUGGCUCUGUCCCUCCUGAUAUUUCCAGAUUGGUUAUGCUUCAAAGUCUGAUGCUUGAUGGAAAUUACUUCAACGGUAGUGUUCCAGACACGUUGGAUUCCUUGACCAAUCUUACUGUUCUUAGUUUAAAGAACAAUCGGUUCAAAGGUCCAUUUCCUUCUUCAAUUUGCAGAAUUGGAAGACUAACAAAUCUUGCUCUAUCACACAAUGAGAUUUCUGGUAAAUUGCCUGAUCUCAGCAAGUUAAGUCAUCUGCAUAUGCUGGAUCUGAGAGAAAACCACUUGGAUUCUGAACUACCUGUCAUGCCUAUAAGAUUAGUUACUGUUCUCCUGAGCAAGAACUCCUUCUCAGGCGAAAUUCCAAGACGUUUUGGCGGUUUGUCUCAGCUUCAGCAUCUUGACUUGUCGUUCAAUCAUCUGACUGGAACUCCAUCUCGGUUCUUGUUCUCUUUGCCAAACAUUAGUUACUUGGAUUUGGCAUCUAACAAGCUCAGUGGGAAGCUACCUCUUAAUCUGACCUGUGGAGGCAAACUCGGAUUUGUGGAUUUGUCGAAUAACAGAUUGAUUGGGACUCCUCCCCGUUGCUUGGCAGGAGCUUCCGGCGAGCGAGUUGUUAAACUUGGUGGAAACUGCUUGUCCAUAAUUGGCAGUCAUGAUCAGCAUCAAGAAUUCUUAUGCGAAGAGGCUGAAACUGAGGGAAAACAGUUCCAAGGAAGAAAGGUUGGGAUUUUGAUUGCUGUCAUUGGUGGAGCUGUUCUUGUUCUUGUGUUUUUUGUAUUAGUUAUCCUCCUCCUGUUAUGCACAAACCGCUGCUCUAGCUGUUGUUCAAGAGAAAAGUCAGUGCCGCAAACUCGGCUUAAGGUUGUGACAGAUAACUCACACACCAGUCUCUCCUCUGAAGUUCUUGCUAGUGCAAGGUUAAUCUCUCAAACAGCAAAGCUAGGUGCACAGGGUGUGCCCUCAUGCCGGUCCUUUUCUUUUGAAGAUUUAAAGGAAGCCACAGACGAUUUUGAUUCAUCACGUUUCUUAGGUGAAGGCUCCCUUGGAAAGCUAUACAGAGGAACACUGGAAAAUGGAAGUUCCAUAGCUAUCAGAUGUCUGGUUUUAUCAAGGAAAUUCUCCAGCCAGAGUAUCAGAGGUCACUUAGACUGGAUGGCAAAGCUCAACCAUCCUCAUCUCCUUGGCUUCUUGGGCCAUUGUACGCAAACCAGCGGAGAACACGAUCCUGUUGCAACCAUACUCUACCUUGUAUACGAGUAUAUGCCCAACGGGAGCUAUCGCACACAUCUAUCAGAAUCUUUCUCGGAGAAGAUCCUGACAUGGCCAGAUCGGCUAGCAAUUCUGAUUGAGAUAGCAAAGGCAGUUCAUUUUCUUCACACCGGUGUAAUGCCUGGUUCAUUCAACAAUCAGCUUAAGACUAACAAUAUUUUGCUUGACGAACACAAGAUUGCAAAGCUCAGUGACUAUGGAGUCUCUGCCAUCAUUGAAGAGAACGAAAAGCUUGAGACAAAGUCAGAAACCCACAAGUCAAAGAAAAAGGCUAAAAGAGAGGACGAUGUGUACAACUUCGGAUUCAUACUUCUGGAAUCUCUGAUAGGACCAGUGCCCACUACAAAAGGAGAGGCUUUUCUUCUCAACGAAAUGACAUCAUUUGGGAGCCAAGACGGUCGGCAGAAAAUAGUAAGUCCAACAGUCCUAACAACAAGCUCGCAGGAGUCUUUAUCGAUUGCGAUCUCAAUCGCCAAUAAAUGUGUUUUGCUUGAACCUUCCGCAAGACCUUCCUUUGAAGAUGUUCUCUGGAACUUACAAUACGCAGCUCAAAUGCAGUCUGCCGCAGACGCUGAACGCAAAUCUGAUACGUCGUCGUGAAUCCAAAGGCUAACCUAAUGAUUGAUAGUUUUUUCGGUUUUCUAAAUGUAAAGCUCUAUAAGUUUGGUUUUCAGUAUAAAAAUGUAAGACUCUUGAGACUAAAAAUCAUAGUAGCUUGUCUUCUC